AUGCUCGAGGACAGCAACCCAGUCGAUGACUUUGAUGGUCAAGAUCCAUUGUCAUUGCUGAAAAAACUUCAGUCUCUCUUGGCCAAGAAAGAAAUGGAGAAGCUCAGGGAGGAAAUCUGGUUGGCCUUUGCAGCCUUCGAAAAUCCACUGGAGUGGCUUUUGGAUGUGCUGGAGGCCAGCAGUGAUUGGAAAGGAAAAGGGCAUUCCCUGGCAUAUAACAUUGCCCAUGAACUACAGUUCUGGAUAAAGGAACACCCUAAUGGCCAACUUCUUGAAUUUCUCUGUCUGAUUUCUCAGUCUGGCUUGAGGUUAAGGAAGCUCCAGUCCCGUGUGUUUCCCGUGCUUGCUCAGAGCCAAAUCAACCUGCUGGACCUGCUUAUCAGCAUCUAUCACCUGCAUGAUGCAGAUCGCUACCACCUUCUGGGCCACAUCAACCACCUUUACCAUGAGGACAAGUUCAAAGAGGCUGUCGUUUUAAGCAUAAAAUUGAAACUGCAGCCAGACCUGGAUGUUGAGAAGAUGUGUGUUCCAUUGCUGCUUCAAGAUAAAAUGAACCUCGUUGAAUCAUAUGUGGAAGAAUACCCUGAUCUGCAGCAGCAGCUCCUGCGCUUGUUGGACUCAUGGUGUGAACCGGGCUUCAGGACUGAAACUAUCACCAAGCAGUAUCAAGGCGUGCCCAAUAUAAGGCCAGAGAAAGUAAAUCGUAAGCUGUUGAGCAAAUUGAUCUUCAGGUUUUUGGACAAGUAUAGCCUCGAUCCAGCCCUUUGCCCCAACACCAUCAACCAGCGUCACCUGGGAACUCUGAAAUACCUGCUCUACAAAAGGUUUGUUGAGAAAACCAUGACUCAGGAAAACUGGACUGACCAUGUUCAGUGCACCAUCGGGAACAAUCGGUGGCUGCAGGAACAGCUAGUCCAGCUGCUGGCCAGUUACUGUCGCCUAAAUGCUGCGGCCACUUGGGCUCUUCAUUACAGCCUCCCUGAGGACAGCCUGCCUUGCAGAGUGGCAGAUGAGCUGAAGGCACUCAAAAGUCAAAAGAGAGAUGAUGCUGUGAAGCAAAAAGAGGCCAACUGUGAGGAGUGGAGGAAGGACCAUUAUUACCAGCUCCCCAUCCCCAGGGAAGAUGUCCUGAUUUUGUCAACCUGGGAAGAGGUGCAGAAAUGCAAGGAGCAUGUGCUUCAGCCUGGACAGGUCGUCGGGAUUGACAUGGAAUGGCGACCAUCAUUUGGCGCUGUGGGAGAAAAAUCACGCGUCUCGCUGGUUCAGAUGGCAGUUCAUGGCCAGGUGUUCCUCUUGGACAUGUUGCAGCUCCUCAACCAGGAUGGGAACAAUGAGGAGGCUCUGUCAUCCUUCUUCCAGACCCUUUUUGCUGAUCCAACCAUCACUAAGUUAGGCUAUGGGAUGUCUGGAGACCUGCACAGCCUUGGACUUACCUGCACUGGUUUUAAAGAUUUGGAUAAGCAUCUCUCUGGAGUCCUGGACCUCUUGGCAGUACAUAAACAACUACCCAAAUCCUCUGGGGCGGUGAAGAAGGGCAGCCGGAAGGUGAAUGCUUUACCUUGGGAGGAUGAGGCAGAACGAUGUGGCCGGCUGCCAGAGAAGGGGCUCAGCUUGCUGGUGCAGCAUGUCCUCGGGAAACCUCUUGACAAAACAGAGCAGCUGUCCAAUUGGGAGAAGAGGCCACUCCGAGAAGGGCAGAUCCUUUAUGCAGCAUUGGACGCUUACUGUUUGUUGGAGAUUUAUACAAAAUUACAGAAUGAUCUGGCUGGCUUUGGCCUGAAUCCUGACAUCCUGACACUUCAGCCAAAGAAAGUGUGCCCUGAAGUCAGGGCAAAGAAGCUGCCAAGAAAGCAAAGGAUGCCACCAGCUUGCAAUGAGGAGUCUGCAGCAAAUGUGAAAGAGAACCCAAGCUCUUCAGUGUCCAUCUUGGUUUCGGAUUUCCGUGUGGUCUGUGACAACAUGCUGCAAGGCCUGGGGCGGCAUCUACGCUGCCUUGGAGUGGAUGUCCGGAUGCUUGAGAAUGAUGACGACCACAGGAAGGCAGCUGAGCUUGCCAGACAAGAAGACCGAGUAAUUCUAACCUCUGGGCUUCCAUAUCAGACGCUGCGUUCUCAGGUGGGAGAAGGAAGGUGUUUCUCGGUUGACUGUUCGGAGAAGGCCAAGGAACAAGCUCUCCGGGUUCUGAAACACUUCAAUGUCCAGGUGACUUUGGCUGAUGUCUUCAGUCGAUGCCAGGCUUGCAACUGCAAUCAGUACCUGAAGAUCUCAAAGGAGAAAAUGAUGCAGCUGAUGAAGCGGAGAGGCUUUUGGACAGAAGCAGAAAAUACUGCAGGGGAAUUGUCAGAAAACCGCAGUGCAAAUUUUGAGGCCGAAACUCCCAAACUCAGCUCUCGGCAGCCAGUUUAUAGUCCAAACUGCCAGUGGUUGGAAGAGUCUGGCCUGGACACCAACUCAGCACUGCUGCCCAACGGUACAUCCCUGAAGAUUGAGGCCGUCCCCAUCGGGGUGCUAUCCAAGGAGGACUUGGCUUACUUCUACUGCUGCGGCCAAUGCGGCAAAGUUUUCUGGGAAGGGUCCCACUUUGGCCGCGUGGUCUCCCAGUUCGAAGAAAUGCUGGACCUCUCAGAAGACCACCAGAGCUUCUACGAGCAGAACUGA